AUGGCUACUGCCGGUGUUCCACAACGUAAAAUGACGUACUUCCAGGUGGGAGGCCCCGAUGCAGAUGCGAACGUGCAAGUGCGGGUGCCAAAUGUGAUCGCUCUUGUCGGCCUACCAGCAAGGGGUAAAACAUACAUUUCACACAAAUUGUGCCGAUAUCUGAAUUGGAUCGGGAUCAAAACCAGAGCCUUUAAUGUCGGCGAGUAUCGACGAAAAGCAUGCGAUCUUGAAAAGGAAGGCGAUUUUGAGUUCUUCAGCCCUUAUAAUAUAAAAGGGAACAGAAUAAGGGAGGAAUGUGCGCGAUUGGCCAUUGAAGACAUGGGACAAUAUCUAUCGUCAAAAGAAGGAGAAGUGGCCAUUCUCGACGCUACAAAUACCACCCGAGCACGGCGACGAAUGGUUGCCGAAUUUUGCGCCAAUAGGCGUACCCUCGUUGAUCCCCCUUUCCGGGUGUUCUUCGUUGAAAGCAUAUGUGACGAUCCCCACAUCAUCAACUCCAAUAUCACUGAAGUAAAAAUCAAUUCUCCUGACUACAAAGGCAUCAUGUCUCAUGAAGAAGCAAAGCAAGAUUUCUUGAAACGGAUAGAAAACUACAAACUACAAUAUGAACCUUUGGAUGAAGAAGAAGACGAAGAUCUGUCUUUCAUCAAGGUCAUCAACGCUGGCAAAUCCUUUUACGUCCACAAUGUUAACGGACAUGUACAAAGUCGUGUGGUUUACUUUUUGAUGAAUAUCCAUCUACUACCUCGAAGUAUCUACCUCACUCGGCACGGUGAAAGCGAGUACAAUCAACUUGGACGACUUGGUGGUGACAGUCCACUGAGUGAAAAUGGUUUAAAAUAUGCGGAAAAAUUGAAAGACUACUUUGAAAGUGAAGACAUCUCUGAUCUCCGAGUAUGGUCAUCGCAGCGAAUUCGUGCCGCUCAAACAGCUGCUUCCCUGAAGAAACAAGCAACUGCUACUGAGUACUGGAAAGUGUUGGAUGAAAUCGACGCGGGUAUAUGCGAAGGCCUUACAUAUGAAGAUUUCCAAGCUCGAUACCCUAAACAGUUUGCGGAACGUGAUAAGGACAAGUACCAUUAUCGUUAUCCAAGCGGAGAGAGUUACGAAGACCUGGUAACCCGCUUGGAGCCAGUCAUCAUGGAACUUGAACGGCAGUCUAACAUACUUGUCAUUUCCCAUCAGGCAGUAUUGAGAUGUAUCCUAGCCUACUUCACCAAUAAAAACACAGAAGAAUUGCCAUAUCUGCGAGUUCCACUACAUACAGUGAUCAAGCUAACCCCGAAAGCCUACUCUUGUGAAGUGGAGAUGUUUAAAUUCGACGUGAAAGCAGUGAAUACGUAUCGGGAAAAGAAUCAACCUACAUGUCCAUACGUAUGGACAUGUCCAUACAUCAGCGUCGCGUGGCCAUAUCUCGCUUCAGAGUCGUUUCUAGCUUUGAUCACAUGCUCAUUCAUUGUCAUUAUUCUCUACACGCAUCGAAAUGGCACACAUCCGAGACCAGGAGCAGAGGAAGUUCUGGAAAAUUGUAAUUGCGUCGACGCGAAUGGUAAUAGCUAUGACUUUUGUUAUCACCUACCGGAAAAUAGAAGUAUUCAUGGAAGAAGAUUUUCCUGCCAAUAUCUACCAGUAAUCAAAAAACUUGGUUUAUUAGAUGCAUACAGAUUAACUUUGACAUGGAAACCAUCACCUCCGGCAUUUGUUACCGCAUUCUCAGACAACCAUCAAGAUGAAGCUCUAGCUCUUGUCAAAAGUUUUGCACAGUACUUUAGCAACCAACGCAUGAUAGUAUAUGAUUUAGGAGAUGUUGAUCUCAAUCUGUUCAAGGAAUGGAAAUUUCUCGAGUUCCGUAAAUUCAAAUUUGAGGACUAUCCCGGAUACGUAAGGUCGUUAAUGGAGUAUAGAUGGAAGCCGCUUAUUAUAGCGAAAACCCUUCUUGAGUUUGGCGCUAUCUGGUACAUGGAUAGCUCCGUUGUUUUCAAAAAAGGUGACCUCAGUCACGUCUAUGAGCUUGUGAAAUGUAGAGAAAUUGUCAAAGAAAGGCCACCUCUGUUAUCGUCGGAAGAAAGAGACGAGCGCGAAAACCGAACUGUGCUUGAAAGCGGCUGGGAAAUUUCGCAGUAUCGAAAAAAUCUCGCUGAAUGUAGAAAGGUGAAGGCUCCCAAUCUUACGCUUCUUUUUGAUCUUUUGUCAAUAAGCUUGGAAAUGCUUGGGAUAGUCAUAAAAUUUACAUAUUCAAGAAGAGAAUUCAAGGGAAGCGACUAUGACAGUAAAAAACAAUAG